AUGCCUAAGCCAAGCUUAAAGAGGCAUGUCCCGUCGUCUGACGAGGACGAAAGCGCGUCGCCCAAGAAGCAGCAACAGCUGCACGACUCUGACGACGACGACGACGACGAUCGCAAGCCAUCUCCAUCGAGGCUUAUCAAUGAGGAGGUGAAUAGCGUGGAAGGCGAUAAUGAUGACAACGACGACGACAAUGACAAUGACGAUGAAAACAACAGCGACCAAGAAUCACCGUUUAACAACCCACUUAUGAACCAAGAAGACGUCGCUGAAGCACUCCAACCCCAACAACGAAAUAGAGACAGCGACAACUUUAUCCCAGGGUCUAUCGUGCGCGUAGUACUGCACAACUUCCUCACUUACGAUCAUGUCGAUUUCUGUCCUGGGCCUUAUCUCAAUAUGAUCAUUGGUCCAAAUGGUACCGGUAAAUCUACUAUAGUUUGUGGAAUAGCACUUGGUUUAGGUGCUGGUCCGAAGAUUCUCGGUCGAUCUAGUGACGUCAACGCGUUUGUUAAACAGGACAAGACACAGGGCUAUAUAGAAAUUCACCUCAAGUCACGUAACAGCAAACGCAACCACGUAAUCAGACGUAGUAUCAACUCCACAGACAAGCAAUCCAAAUACGAAGUUGAUGGCGAGCCCAGCAAGCUCGAUGUAAUCAAGGAUAUUGUCCACAGCUACGGUAUACAGAUAGGUAACCUAUGUUCCUUUCUACCGCAAGAUAAAGUGUCGCAGUUUGCGCAGAUGUCACCAUCUACCUUGCUCCUCGAGACGCAGAAGGUAGCUGAAGGGACGGGUAUUGGCGAUCUCACCCAAUGGCAUAAUGACCUCAUCGCUAGUGGCAAAGACCUCUCCACCCAGGAAGCCACGCUGAACAGCAUCAUCAACGAUCGCAACGACUUGCAACAACUGAAUAGAUCUCAGGAACGCGAAAUUGAACGCUAUAAAACGCGUAAAGCGAUCGAGAAAAAGAUUAAUCUGCUUAAUCUGAUGAUACCAUUUUCUCGCUACUCACAAUCAAAAGCACAAUAUGACCAAGCCAAGGCGAAUCGUAAGCGGUUGAAUGAAAAUGUGAUCAAGAUUGAAAGAGAGAAUCUUCCUCUCAAAAAGAAGAUGGCAGAGUACGAUGUUAUGAUUGAAGCUAGUGAGAGCAGGCGCAAGGAGAAGGAAGGACUGAUUGAAGAAAAACGUCACCAGCUGAAAGAGGUGAAUAAAGCAUUGGAGCAGUUGGUCAAACAUACCGAAGACGCCACGACUAAAAUCGACGACUCUGAGCGUGCAGACCUGCGUCGCGUUCAGCAGAUAGAAAAGAUUAAGUUGCAGAUAGUCGAGCUCGAGCACACAGUCGCGAACAAACCCAGUGAUGAAGGAUUGGCUGAGCUCGACGACGAAAUUAACAACAUCAAGCGGAGAAUUGCUCAGCUCCACCAAGACGGCAAGCAGUUCCAGGAUGUCAGACGGGAUGUGGCAUCCGAGCAGCGAGACCUCCUCCAUGACAUACAGGGCUACCAGAAGACCUUAAACAACAUGGAUAACGUUAGGCACCGUCGUUUUGAGAAGUUUAAAACGUUUGAUGAAACCACAGCUAGGACUGUCGAUAUUAUUGGCAAGAAUCAGGAUAAGUUUGGUAGCAGAGUGUAUGAUCCGGCUUUUUUGGAGGUCAGAGUUAAGGAUCAGUCGUACGCCUCGGCUAUCGAGUCUCUGAUAAACUAUAACGUCAUGAAGACUAUCCUUUGUCAGAGCCAGGAGGACUACGAUAUCGCCACCAAGCAGAUUAUAGACAAGUACCACUUUAGAGUGAAUAUAGUGCAGCCAGUUUUCAAUGCAAGAGAGACGGAGCAGUAUAUGUCACGUGAAGAGAUACAGGAGCUCGGAUUCGAUGGUUUUGCUAUUGAUUUCGUCGAUGCGCCAGACUUUAUUCUCAACUACCUCAAGAAGGUGUGCUUUCUGCACAAGAUACCUAUAGCGAAGACAUCUGACAAGAUCAACAUGAAGGCGAUUGAAGAGUCGCGUGCAUUCAAGAGCAAAGAGUUGAGGAGAUACUUGAUCGGCACCGAAUCGCACACAUACAGCUGGUCGAGAUAUGGGCGACAAGCGGCGACAACGACAACGACAUUCAUACGGCCGUCACGCGUCUUCAAUGAUGCGUCCACAGACAACGAAGAGCGGCACGGGCUGGAGAUGCGCAUCGAGGAUUGCAGGAGCAAGUCAGCCGAGCUAGAGGGGAGGAUAAAUGAGAUGAUACCCAAAGAGAGGGAGAUGAGAACGCAGGAGAGUACAUACAAGCAGGAGAUAGCAGCUUUUGAUGAAAAGAAGAGAAAGAUUCAGAGAGCGCAGCAGGAGUAUUUCAAAGCUCAGGCGACUCUGACCAGUAACAAGAAGCAUCUCUACCAACUGGAAUCCCAACCCAGCUCACACCUCGAGAAGGAGAAGUUGAAGAGACUAAUAUGCAAAAUAACAAGACAGAGAGCGGGAGAAGUGGAGGCAUAUACUGAACUGGUGGGGGAUAUAUCAGAGAUAAUAGACGAGAGUGAGUUGCUAGUGUUAUCGGAGAUACAAUACGACGCGAACAAACGCAGUCUGAAUGCACACAUGAAUGAGUACAACGUCAGGCUGAGCGAUGCAUCGCGCGAGCUGAACAAGGCGGACGACUUGUAUAAACGAAUCAAGGGGGAUUCCACGCAGUACCUCAAAGCGGCUCAGCAGCAACUGGCACAGAGCAGCGAAGAGCUGCGUGAUGAUUUUAUCAAGUUGAGAGAGCGAGUGAGCCAAACGGGUGACGAACAGAGUUUGGAAGAGCUUGAAGAUGCGUUGGCGGUGGAGAAGAGCAAUUUGGAGAUGAACUCGAAUAUCAGCUCGAGUGUGGUGGAGAUGUACGAGGAGCGCGAGCGUAUGAUCGAGACACAAACCAAGGACAUUGAAAAUAAGCAGGAGGAUUACGACAGGAAGAAGGCAUACAUAGAUGGAGUCAGGUCGCAAUGGGAACCUACACUUCUCAAGCUGAUUACCGCAGUGAGUGACCGCUUCGGUAGGGCUUUCGAGCGUUUUGGGUGUGCUGGAGAAGUGAAGCUAUACCGACACACCGACUAUGCGCAGUGGGCGAUAGAGAUCUACGUCAAGUUUAGAGAGAGCGAGUCACUUGAGCUGCUCACACACCAGCGUCAGAGCGGUGGAGAGAGGUCGCUGUCUACGAUACUCUACCUCAUGUCUCUCACAGAGUUGUCCAAGUCGCCGUUCAGUCUGGUGGAUGAAAUCAAUCAGGGUAUGGAUAGCAGAGCGGAGAGGCUGGUGCACAACCAAAUGGUGCAGGUCACUUGCCAAGACUUCUCGAGUCAGUACUUCCUCAUCACGCCGAAGCUCCUGCCUAACCUCACAUACCACCCCAAAAUGAAAGUACUGUGCGUUAAUAACGGCGAGUGGCUCGAUGAGACACGUGGGAAUCUCAUGUUGCUGUUGAAUGAGCAUAAGAAGGCGGGUGCUACUAGCACAACCAACACACCCCUAAAAACACGAGUGAAGGCCGAGGCAAGCUAG